AUGGCAGACCAGCCAGUUCCGCCGAAGAAGACGAAGGGCCAGCAGAAAGUCGAAAUCAAAAUGGUGGAAGACGCUAAAAGGCGUAGUGUCACAUUCACAAAACGCAAAGCUGGGCUUUUUAAGAAGGCCGACCAGCUCUGUACUCUCACUGGCGCUGAGGUCGCUCUCAUGGUGUUCUCUCCCGGAGGCAAGCCUUACACGUUCGGCAGUCCCGACGUGAACACCGUGAUACAGAGAUACAAGAGUCAGGUUCGGCCAUCGCCGAGGAUGGAGCAACUGCAAGCCGAGCUUAAUGAAAUCUUGGAACAGUUGGCUUAUGAGGAUAAGCGAGCCGAGGAGCUGAAGGAGAACAAGAAACAAUUGCUGGAACAAACGUGGAUGGCUGCACCAAUGGAUACAUUGUCUAGGGCUCAAAAACAGUGUAUGCAGGAGCGACUAGUGCAACUGAACAAAGUACUCUCUCAACUUCCUCCUGGCUUAUUAAACUUGCAUGGAUUAUUGGCGGCACCUCCUCAGAAUUCGGCGUCCGAGUUUCAGAGUAGUUCCUUGACUGCGUUGUUGACUCAGACUCCGGAGCUCCAAGGAAGUUCGGUGCUAUCACGUGGAACCUCCACGGCACCGGUGACUGGAAGUCAGAAUUUUACAGGAAACAUGAUGAUUACACCCUCUGGUAACUUCUACACAGGUGAGUCGUCAUCGGCGGUGCCUGCGGGAACUCAGAAUCAUGUGUUUAACAUGAUUCUGAACGGCCAUGACAACUUCCGCGAGGGCGAAUCCUCAUCAAUGGUGCCAGCUGAGAGUCAUAAUAACAUGUUUGAGGAAAAUGGCAUGCUGAACAGCUAUGGAAACUUCAACCCAGACGAACCGUCGGCACCAUUGCCGGCAGAGAGUCAGAAUCACAUGUUUGACGAAAACAUGAUGCUGAACGUCGAUGACUACCUAGGCGAAUCGUCGUCAAUGGUACCGGCAGAGACUCGGCAUCAUAUGCUUGAGGAUAACAUGAUGAUGCCGGGGGACAGCAAUGAUAACUUAUACAUAGACGAAUCAUCGUCAAUGGUGCCUAUGUUCGAGGAUAACAUGAUACUGAACAGUCAAGAGGACUUCUACACAGGUGGAUCCUCAUCAAUGGCGUCAGAAGCUCAGAUCAUAAUGUUUGGCGAUAACAUGAUGCAAGCAGCCAAUGACAACUUCUUGACAAGCGGAUCCUUAUUAACUGCAGAUAUGACUGGUCACCAGAAUCAAUUUUAUGAUGAAAACAUUAUGAUUCCUCAACAUGACAACUUCAAUGCUCGUGGAUCAUCGAUCGCAGUGCCACCAGCUGAUGGGAAUCAAAUUUUUGAUGAAAACAUCAUGGUUCCUCCACAUGAUGAUAACUACUACAUAUGUGAAUCUUCGUUGGUGCCGACAACUUAUGAGAGUCUGGAUUUUGAUGAAAACAUGAGGUGGUUGCUAGAUGAUCAAUUCUAUGGAAGCAGUUCCUCUAUGGCGCUGCCAGAGCAAGGUCAAAUGUUUGAUGGAAAUGUGAUUCCGCCGCCGCCGCCUCCUCCUUAUGAUGGAUAUGGUGCUGGACCUUCAGGGUUCAACUGA